AUGGGGAACCUCGACCUAUGUUCAGAAGUGAAUUGGACUUCUUGUAAUAUUUCUUUCUACAGUGAUGUGUCUCAGGUCAGAGUGUUAGUGCCAGGGGCAGGUCUGGGUCGGCUUGCUUGGGAAAUCGCUCAUUUGGGCUAUUCGUGCCAAGGCAACGAGUGGAGUUUCUUCAUGCUCUUCUCCUCUAAUUUUGUUCUGAACAGGUGUGAUAAGGAAAAUGCACUGACACUGUAUCCCUGGAUUCACCAGUUCAGUAAUAACAAAAUGUCCUCAGAUCAGACAAGACCUGUGUCCUUUCCUGAUGUCAAUCCACAGAGUCUCCCAGCAGACUCAGACUUCUCUAUGGUCGCUGGAGACUUCCAGGAAGUAUACAGUGACCCUGAAAUGUGGGAUUGUGUUGCUACUUGUUUCUUCAUUGACACCGCCCACAAUGUUCUUGAUUACAUUGAAACCAUCUGGAAUAUUCUAAAACCUGGUGGUGUCUGGAUAAAUUUGGGUCCACUUCUUUAUCACUAUGAGAAUAUGGCCAAUGAAUUUUCCAUUGAGCUGAGCUAUGAGGAAAUAAAGGCUGUCAUUUUAAAAUAUGGAUUUGUCCUGGAGUUUGAGAGAGAGUCUGUUCCCAGCACGUACACAGAGAACGACCGCUCCAUGCUCAAGUACCUUUAUGACUGUAUCUUUUUUAUCAUACGGAAACCUGCAGAACAGUUGAUCAACGGAGAUCAGACACCUAAAGAUGGCCAGACUGAGGAUUCUUUACAGAAAAGAAGCUCAACAUGAUGUUUAAAAGGGAGAAGCUCUGGACAAAUUCACAGACAUAUGGCCCAAUAAUAAACUGAUGCUUUUAAUCAUGAAUGCCAACAUUAUAGCAUAUUCCUGGUAAUACAGCAAGACUGGAGCUUUAUUAUGUGCUGAAUUAUCUUUAUAUUUACCAAAAAUGUUAUGUUUUGGUGCUUUGCUUUGUAUUCCUCAGGUUUUAGGUGCUGCUUCACACAUACAUUUCAGUGUUUUCUUGCAAUUAUUUACAUUAUCAGAGUUUCUAUGUCCAAAAUCAUAUUCACAGUCUGAAUAUGAGCCUGCUCUGGAUCUUGCACAAUUAUUCCAGGCUCUCCUAGGAAAUAUGCUGAUCAUCAAAAUUGUACUAGUUGGCAGCACUAAAAUAAAGUUGUUUUAAACUUAACAGAUUUUUCAUGAUCUUGUACAUAUACGGUAAUAAAACUUACAAUCAAGAAAAAUGGGAAUAUUUUUUCAUAAACAUGACUGUUUGUUCUAAGCAUUUGCGUCUGUUUAUUAUU